GCUACACCAACCGAGCCCACACUCGUGAUUCCAUCCGAGUCCAGUCCACCCAAUCCAACGGCCACGAUUCAAAGGAGGCGUAAAAACCAAUGACAAAAUUCGCAUCCAACCAGAUCCAUUUCAAUCCCCUCCCCCUCUCUCUACAAUUCACCCCGCCCUAGAGAGAGAAAUCCACCCUACCGGAAAAUGAUGUCAUCAAACCCCGCCGCCGGAGAACUAACUCCACAGCAGCAGCAACAACAGCAACAGUGGCUGGCGAUGCAGCAACAGUACCACCAACAAUGGCUGGCGAUGCAGCAGCAUCAACAGUUGAUGUACCAGCAGCAAGCGCCUCAGUUCAUGCCUUAUUAUCAACAACAACAAGCGGCUCAGAUUCAAUCGUCGAGUGAGGAAAACAAGACUCUCUGGAUCGGCGACUUGCAGACGUGGAUGGACGAGCACUAUCUCCACUCCUGCUUCGCUCCCUCCGGCGAGGCUGUAUCCGUAAAGCUCAUUCGCAAUAAGCAGACUGGUCAGUCGGAGAGAUUUGGAUUCAUUGAGUUCCUUUCUCAUGCAGCAGCAGAGAAGAUCUUACAAAGCUAUAAUGGCACUGUAAUGCCUAAUACGGAUCAGAUGUUUCGGCUGAACUGGGCAACCUUUAGCACGGGCGAAAGGCGUCAAGAUGCUGGUUCUGAUCAAUCUAUAUUUGUAGGUGAUUUGGCAUCAGAUGUUACUGAUAGUAUAUUGCUCGAAACAUUUUCCAGCAGAUACUCCACGGUCAGGGGUGCAAAAGUUGUGGUUGAUACAAACACUGGUCGAUCAAAAGGUUAUGGUUUUGUCAGGUUCGGUGAUGAAAAUGAGAGAUUGAGGGCCAUGACUGAAAUGAAUGGACAGUAUUGCUCUAGCAGGCCAAUGCGCAUAGGUGUUGCAACCCCCAAAAAGCCAUCAACAACACAGCAACAGUACUCUUCACAAGGCUCACAGUCUGAUGGUGAUACAUCCAACACAACAGUAUUUGUGGGAGGGCUUGAUUCUGAUGUAGGUGAUGAAGAGCUUAGGCAUACCUUUUCCCAAUUUGGUGAGGUCAUUUCAGUAAAAAUACCAAUUGGGAAAGGAUGUGGUUUUGUACAAUUUGCUGACAGAUCUAGUGCUGAGGUCUCGAUCGAACAAAUUAAUGGGACAGUUAUUGGCAAGCAGACAGUUCGUCUAUCUUGGGGUCGUAAUCCUGGGAACAAGCAGUUUAGAGGUGAAUCUGGUAAUCAAUGGAAUGGGAACUCUUACGGAAAGCAAGGAUACAACGGUUAUCAGGAUCCAAACAUGUAUGGUGGUGCUGCUACAGCUUAUGGGGCGUCAACAAAUGGGUAUGGAAAUCAAUAACAGCCUGAAAGAUGAUAUGGGUUGGUGGUACUAGUUUGCGAGAUCGAACUUAGGAGGGAUAUGAGGCUUGAGGGAUAUGUUUCAAGACUAAAAUAUGUACUACUAUGCUAAAUUUUGCAGCUGGAUAUAGUUUCAUAUUAAUUUUCUAUUACUUUUUCA